AUGGUCCAUCGAUCUAAGGAUCCUCAGUUGGAUUACUUGCAAGAGGUCUUGGAGCAAUGGGCGAAAGAACUUGGGGUCCAGGACUUGCGUGCUUCAAAGGACCACUCUCUAGUUGGUGAGGCUACAGCUGAACCUUCUGAUGAAUCUGUGGCAGCUAUGUUUAACCCGAUUGCUAUGGUCUUGGCAAAUUUUGGGACUCAGAUUCCAGUGGGAUCCAAAAUGAAAGCUGCCUUCCUGUACCUCAACGAGACCCUAGCGUUGUGGCCUGUCACAACCUUGCUGAAGGACUUGAGUGCUUGGGCAGAUCUUCAAUCUAGCACAUUCAGGGUGCAUUGCACUUACAUGGUGCGGCUGUGGAGAAAAACGCCGAACAAUUCCAAGAAUGAAAUGGUGCAACAGCUCAAAGACAUCUUGACUGCUUUGCACGAACCCGAGGAUACUUCAGAAUCUGCAGAAGCACCGGCAACAGGGGAUGGUGGGGAGGCAGACGCCGCAGAGGAGGCUGCCGCAGAGACAAGUGAGGGGCAUCUGGAUGGGGAAGCCAAUGAGGAUAGUGGGGAGAAUGAGAACGAAGGUGAGAUGGGCGAUGAACCACUAGCCCCGGGAUCCACCAUUGACCAAAUGGAGACCUUGCCCUUCAAUGGUGAAGUUUCUGAGGAGUGGCCACCUUGCCCAUGGAUUCCUAAGACAUCACUCCGUAGGUGGAAGAAACCCAAGGACCAUGCCCCUACGAUGUCGACCACUGUGGACACUGACCACUGCGAGGCUGUGCACUCAGUUGUGGAGGAAGCUGCGUGCGACCCUUCAAAUCCAGAUGCAGCUGAUGUUGAGGUGCCUAUCGAGGGAGAGCCUACGCUUGCAGAGGAAACUAUGGAAGACCCAGAUCCUGAAGAUGUUGAGGCGCCAGCUGAAGAUCCUGAUCCAGCAAUGGAGGAGGUCGCGCUUGAAGAAACUCCUGAAGGUGAACCAGGUGGUGACCAGGAAUCAAAGGAGUGGGUGGGCAAUUCUACGCUGGAACCCCAGGAGGAAGCCUUGGAUGCUCUGAAUGAGAAGCCCUCGAUUGAGAAUGGGCCGCCCAGGCUUUGCCACAGCCAUGCGGACAGAGAACCCUUGGUGGCUGACCCGCCAUCCUUGAAUGCAGUUCUCAGUGCCAUCGAUUUGGACGACAUUCCUCCUGGGAAAGAUAUCCUGGCCGAACAACUUUCUAUGCGAGCCAAAGCGAAGAAGGCUGCAGCUGCAGCUUCCCAAGAAGCUGAGCCUGGAAGUGGGAAGGGGCGUGGUCGUGGUGGCAAGGGAAAAGGCAGAGGGAGGGGCAAGACCUCUAAAGCAUCGGAAGAGACUGGGGGUUCAGCCAGCCAGCCAAGCAUGCCUUCUAAAAAGGAACCAAAGGUCAAAGCACCGAAGGUACCCAAGGCCAAAGCGAACCCCAAGAGAAAGUCAAAGAAGGAUGAUGACUCGAAACAUGUUGUAGGUGCAGAGGAGAAAGAGAAGAUCAAAGCUACCCUGCCAGAUUUGGCUUCUUACAAGGUGGUCCCGUACUGGACAACUGGAAACAUUGGCAUUGAGAUGAAAGCCACCCGUGAAAUCAAGAAAAAAGAGGUGGGAUUCAUGUCGGCCAUCCCAGGAUGUCCCAUGAGUGAUCUGGUGCAGCCUUGCAACGCGUUGGCCAUCGCUCUUGAAAACGGAGACGGUUUGACUGCAUGCAUGAGAUCUUUCUACAGUGCCCGCAACCAACUGAUGCAACAGCAUGGCGUGGACCUGAAAUCCCGUGGGAAACGUGCAAAGCACGAUUCAGUGGAGGAUGUUGAUUAG